CGUACUCAUCCAACAUUUUCAAAUUUUCAUUUAUUUUUUUAAUUUUACGGAGUGAGAAUCGUUCGUUGCCAAGAGAAUCGACUGUCGCGUGUGAAUUUUUUAAAUUAAAACUUAAAAAAAAAUUCCAUCAGCAAAACAUCAACGACGUCUGGAACUAUAAAUUAAAUUAAUAAUCAAAUCAAAAAAGCAAAAGCCGCAAACAAAGAAAGAAAAAAUGAGUGCUCCACCAACUGCAGCCGCUGCUCCCGCAAAUCCACCACCACAAUUCCGUAGAGGAAUUGUUAAGCAGGUACUUUCCGGCGAUACUGUGAUUAUUCGUGCAGCUAAAGGAGCUCCACCACCAGAGAAGCAAGUUACCUUUUCCCACGUGUUGGCACCAAAACUCGCCAGAAGACCUGGAGCCGGAGGUGAUGAAACCAGAGACGAUCCAUGGGCCUGGGAGUCACGUGAAUUCCUGCGUCAAAAAUUAAUUGGUGAAGAAGUUGGAUUUACCUUCGAAAAAGCACCAAACACCUCCCGCGAAUAUGGUAAUGUCUGGCUGGGAAAGGAUCAAGAGACCGGCGAAAAUAUUGUCGAGACAAUGGUGCAUGAGGGAUUAGUGAGUGUUCGUCGUGAGGGUCGUCAAACUCCAGAUUUGCAGCGUCUUAUCGAAUUGGAAGAUAACGCCAAGGCUGCCGGACGUGGUAAAUGGAGUCACAGCCCGCCCUCUGAACACGUGCGACACAUUAAAUGGACUCAAGAGAAUCCCUCCCAUAUUGUCGACAUCUAUGGUGGUAAACCUGUGAAGGCUAUCAUUGAACAUGUUCGUGAUGGCUCAACUAUUCGUGCAUUUUUGCUGCCCGACUUCCAUUACAUCACCUUGAUGAUCUCUGGCAUCCGUUGUCCCGGUGUGAAACUCGACAACGAGGGCAAACCUGAUUUGACUGUUAAAAUUCCAUUUGCCGAUGAAGCGCGUUACUUUGUCGAAUCCCGCCUUUUGCAGCGUGAAGUUGAAAUUCGUUUGGAAUCGGUCAAUAAUUCCAACUUCAUUGGAACAAUUCUCUAUCCUAAGGGUAACAUUGCUGAGGCUUUGUUGAGAGAGGGUCUUGCCAAGUGUGUUGAUUGGAGUAUGGCUGUUAUGAAAGGUGGUGCUGACAAAUUGAGAGCAGCCGAACGUCAAGCCAAGGAGAACCGCCUUCGUCUGUGGAAGGAUUACCAAUCCAAGGCACCUGCAUUUAACUCAAAGGAGAAAGAUUUCACUGGUACUGUUGUUGAAGUGUUCAAUGGCGAUGCUAUCAACGUCAAAUUGCCCAACGGUCAAGUGAAGAAGGUCUUCCUUUCAAGCAUCCGCCCACCACGUGACACCGCUCGCAGUGGAGUUGACGGUGAUGGUGAAAUUAAGCCCCAACCGCGUAGCAAAAACUACCGUCCAUUGUAUGAAAUUCCAUUUAUGUUCGAGGCACGUGAAUUCCUGCGCAAGAAAUUGAUCAAUCAUAAGGUGCAGUGCACUUUGGAUUAUAUCUCGCCUGCCCGUGAGAACUUCCCGGAGAAGUACUGCUAUACGGUGACAAUUGGAGGUCAGAAUAUCGCCGAAGCAAUGGUGAGCAAGGGUUUGGCCACUGUUGUGCGUUACCGUCAGGACGAUGAUCAGCGUUCGGCCCACUACGAUGAGCUCUUCAGUGCUGAAGCACAGGCGAUAAAGGGCCAGAAGGGUAUGCAUGGCAAGAAGGACAGUGCUAUGUUGCGCAUCAACGACCUUACUACUGAACAUUCCCGCAUCAAGCAGCAAUAUCUGCCAUCGUGGCAACGUGCCCUCCGUACCGAAGGUAUUGUCGAAUUCGUUGCUAGUGGCUCUCGUCUGCGCAUUUAUAUUCCCAAGGACAGCUGCUUGGUGACCUUCCUGCUCGCUGGCAUCUCCUGCCCACGUUCGUCAAGACCCGCACUCAAUGGAGUUCCCGCUCAGGAGGGAGAACCCUUCGGUGACGAGGCAUUGACAUACACCCGCGAUCGCAUUCUGCAACGCGACGUGAGUGUGCACAUCGAGACCACCGACAAGGCGGGCAGCAGUGUCAUUGGUUGGCUGUGGACCGAAAAUAACGUCAACCUGUCGGUUGCACUUGUCGAAGAAGGCCUUGCUGAAGUGCAUUUCAGUGCUGAAAAGUCAGAGUACUUCAGGACUUUGAAAUCGGCUGAAGAUCGCGCCAAGGCUGCCAAGAAGAACAUCUGGGCCAACUAUGUCGAAGAAGUGGUAGAGGAAAAGAAACCAGAAGAAGAAAAGGAGGACAAAGUUGUCGAAAGGAAGGUGAACUAUGAAACAGUUAUUGUGACUGAGAUUACUCCCGACUUGACAUUCUUCGCCCAGAACGUUGAUUCUGCCUCGAAAUUGGACAACUUGAUGGCCAAGCUGCACACUGAGUUCGAAUCAAAUCCACCAAUCGCCGGAACUUACACGCCCAAGCGUAACGAUUUGUGCGCUGCUCAAUUUACCCUUGACAACGAGUGGUACAGGGCGAAGGUUGAACGUGUCCAGAAUGGAACUGCCACCGUCUGUUACAUUGACUACGGAAACAAAGAGAAUGUGCCUUUCAACCGCCUGGCAAACUUGCCCAGUGGAUUCAGCGAAAAACCCUACGCUACUGAAUACGCAUUGGCUUUAGUUCUCCUGCCAUCGGACGCGGACGACAAGGAGGAAGCCCUCCGUUGUUUCGCCCAAGACGUUCUCAACCGCAAGGUCCAACUCAAUGUUGAGUUACGACCAUCGGCCGGCGUUCCAUUAGCCACUUUGCACGACCCAACUACCAACACUGACAUUGGUAAAGGACUCGUUGCUGAUGGACUCCUGCUGGCAGAGAAGAGGCGUGAACGCAAGCUCAAGGACUUGGUAGAACAAUACCAGCAAGCGCAAGCAACCGCCUUGGCAGCUCACUUGGCCAUCUGGAAAUACGGUGACAUCACUCAAGACGAUGCGCCCGAAUUCAGCCGCUAGAAGGAGAACGCGAUUCUUCUUGUUUGUCUGCCACAACACACCCGCCCUUCAAUCUAACAACAACAAGAACUAUGAUUAUAUAUUAAAUGAAUCAAAAUGCAAGAAAGAACGAUUAUAUAAUUAAUAUUUAAAAAAUAAAAAAAAAUAUUUCAAAAAAUUUAUUAAAAUAAACAAGAAAAAAAACACGAAAAAUUGUGUGAGGACAUUUUCGUCAAAAGCUUCCAAUAAAAAGAAUAAAUGAAAUAACAAAAUUUAUCGAUUUUUUUCGUUUAUACAAUUUUUAAUUUUUAUUUUACAAUUUAAAAAAAUAAACAAAAAAACACGUAGUGCCGACACCAGAAAUGGAGAAGAUGUAAACUCAUUCUAAAAAGCAAUAGUGGAACUGAUUCAAAUGUAAUAUUCCAUUUUUUGUCAUAUGUUUGUUUAAAGUUUUACUCGAAGUUGUAAUUUUUAAAAAUCGUUUCCAUCAUAAACAAAUUGAAGAAAAAAACAAA